UAAUAUUUGAAUGAAUAACCCAUGUCCAAAUAUUGCUAUAUUUAAUAUAUAUAUUUAUUUUCCUUUAUAAAUUGAUCAUUAUACUCACCGGUGAAAAUGUUUGAAGCUUAGUUUUACUGUCAAAGUGGAAAGCAAAAUGGGAAACAAAAAAUUCGACUUAUUAUUUUCAUGUCUUUUGAAAACAUUUCCAUUUAUUGUGUUUACAGCUAUAAUACUUAUACCCAUUGGGAUAACAUUUUUGUGUAUAUCACACAAGGUUAACAUUAAGGAACAAAUUAUAGAUUAUACAGAUUGUAAAGCAUUUGAAUUUGAUAGUGAUGGAAGUUUAACAUGUGCAGAAAAAAAUGUACCUUGUGUAUGUUUCCAUAAUAUUAACAUCACUGAUUCUUUAGAGGGAGAUGUCACUGUAUACUAUGAAUUGGAGUCCUUUGACCAAUUGCGAAGUGAUUAUGUUAAUUCAAGAGAUGAUAAUCAAUUAAUGGGUUUUCCUGUGCCAAUACCAUCUGAAAAUUGUGAGCCUUAUAGAUUUGUUCAUACUACAAAAGAAAAGAUAUCUAUAUCUCCAUGUGGUGCUAUAGCCGAUGCAAUGUUUAAUGACACAUAUGAACUAAGAAAUACUUAUAGUAAUAUAAUUACACCAUUUCACAACUUCGGAAUACUAACAGAAAAUGAAAAGGUUGGAUACCAUAAUCCGGAGAACUGGGAAGAUUUUAAGAAUUUCUCCAAACCUAAAAAUUGGGAUAAAAAUAUUUGGGAGUUAGACACUUUGAAUUCGGAGAAUAAUGGAUUUCAGAACGAACUAUUUAUAGGUUGGAUGAAAACCGAAUGGAAACGCAAGCCGUAUGCGCGUAUCGACAAAUUUCAGACUCAUUUUGAAAAUGGUCUUCAAGCUGGAGAAUAUGAGUUACGCGUCGGUUACAAUUAUCCAUCAAGUCGAUACAGUGGUAGACGGAAAUUUAUUAUUUCCGCUAAUUUAACGACGACGUACACAAGUCUCAACGUAAUUGGAAUAAUUUCACUAGUCAUAGGCCUGAUACUUCUCGUUAUAGCGUCAUUUGCAUUUAUCAUUCAUAAGCGUAUUAAAGGAAACGAAGGCGAUAACAAUGGUGACGUAGAUGUUGUAAAUGAAAACUUAACUGGCAAUCAUCAGCCGCAUAUACCAGAAGAUAACCUCUACCGUCCUUAAGUGUGCCUUUAUAUGGUACAGAUAUAGGGAGCAAUUUGAAAUGUGGACCACAUUUUGGACAAAGUUGGACAAAGACACGAAAGU